AUGAACAGAGGAAGUAGUGUUCUCGUGUUGACAUGGGUCGUGAUCUUGGUUGCAUCAUCUGAAGCGCAGCUAGAGGUUGGGUACUACAAGUGCAGUUGCCCGAGGGCGGAGGAGCUCAUCCGCACCGUCGUCCGCGCCGCCAUCCGCCGAGACCCCGGCAAUGGCCCCGGACUCGUGCGUAUGUUCUUCCACGACUGCUUCGUCAGGGGGUGUGAUGCCUCGGUGCUCCUGGACACGGCCCCCGGCAGCAACGCCACCAGCGUCGAGAAGAAGUCGCUGGCGAACAACCCGAGCCUGCGGGGCUUCGGCGUCAUCGAACGCGCCAAGCGCGUGGUCGAGCGGCGGUGCCGCCGCACCGUCUCCUGCGCUGACAUCGUCGCCUUCGCCGCGCGCGAUGCCAGCAGCAUCAUGGGGGGCAUCGACUUCGACGUGCCCGCGGGGCGGCGCGACGGCCGCGUCUCCAACUUGUCGGAGGUGCUCGACAACCUGCCCCCUCCCUUCUUCAACACCUCCCAGCUCGUCGCCAGCUUCGCCGCCAAGAACCUCACCGCCGACGACAUGGUCACACUCUCGGGCGCGCACUCCUUUGGCCGCACCCAUUGCUCCACCAUAUCCUUCCGGCUCUACCCGCAGAUCGCGGCGGACAUGAACGCCACCUACGGGAGGACCCUGCGGAGGCAGUGCCCGGCGGCGACGGGCGGGCAGGACCCAGUGGUGCCGCUGGAUCUGGUGACACGACGGCUCGACAACCAGUACUACAAGAACGUUCAGACGCUCGAGGUCCCCUUCACGUCCGACGCCACGCUCUUGACCCAGAACGACACGGCGGCGCUCGUCGACCUCUACGCGCGCAACAGGACGCUGUGGAUGUCACGGUUCGCGGCAGCAAUGGUGAAGAUGGGCAACCUCGACGUGCUCACCGGCAACCAAGGGGAGAUCAGGAAAUUUUGCAACAGAGUAAACUAG